CCAGGCAGACAGAAGGAGAGAGCGAGGGAGGGAAGGUUGCUGCUGAUGGUGGGCCUGGGAGAACUCCGCGUUUGAGGAGGCGCCCCGUCCGUCACGCAACUUUGGAUUCCCUGGAGAGCGGCCGGCGAGGUUCGUCCGGGAGGGAAGCAGCUAGGAAACGGACGGGGUGAAGAAGCAGCCAGCGCCGUUUCUCUGUUCUCUUUUCUCUCUCCCAUUCUGGCUUGCUUGCUGGCUUUGACUCGGUGGCCGAAGACAGGAAUGCCUAGGAUCGCGCCUGAUCCAGUCACCAAACUGAUCGGUGCCUCCUGCCGUUGCCGCGGUGGCCUUUCUUAACGACUCCCGCCGCCGUUUCACGGAAGCAUUUAAGGGACCCGUUUACUCCCCUCAUCUCCAGCUGCAGUCGUCAUGUCCCGUGGGAGUGGGUUCCCGCCGUGCGCCGCCGCUGUCUGCAUUUGUAUCCUCUCUUCCUUUUGCCACAGCGUUACAGGUCUCAGUGUUUGUUCGAGCGGCAAUGCUACCUCCUGUGAAGAAUGCUUGCUCGUUCAUCCCAAGUGUGCCUGGUGCUUUAAAGAGGAAUUUGGCAACAAAAAAUCCAUCACUUCGAGGUGUGACUUCAUUGAAAAUCUCAUCACCAAUGGUUGUGCAGGGCAUUUUGAGAGCACAAAAAGCAGCAUUAAUAUAGUAAAAAACCUUCCACUGAGCAGUAAGAGCUCUAGUGGGACUAAUCCGGACGUUACCCAAAUAAGGCCUCAAAAGAUCUCCCUUAAUCUGCGGCCUGGUGACCCGGCAUCUUUCAAUGUGCAGGUUCGGCAGGUAGAGGAUUAUCCUGUAGAUCUAUAUUAUUUGAUGGAUCUCUCCCUCUCCAUGAAGGAUGAUCUGGACACCAUUCGGAACCUGGGAACUAAGCUGGCUGAAGAAAUGGGAAAGCUCACCAGCAAUUUCCGGCUUGGGUUUGGUUCUUUUGUAGACAAGAACAUUUCUCCCUUUUCCUACACAGCCCCAAGAUACCAGAAUAACCCCUGUACUGGAUAUAAAGUAUUCCCAAAUUGUGUUCCAUCCUUUGGGUUCCGCCAUCUUUUAUCCCUCACUGAUAAAAUUGAUAGAUUCAAUGAAGAAGUUCAGAAACAGAAGGUUUCCCGCAACAGAGAUGCUCCAGAAGGUGGCUUAGAUGCAAUCUUGCAGGCUGCUGUGUGUGAAAAAGAGAUUGGGUGGCGGAAGGAGGCUUCGCAUUUGCUGGUCUUCACUACUGAUGAUGUCCCACAUAUUGCACUGGAUGGAAAGCUGGGUGGCUUGGUGCAGCCACAUGAUGGACUGUGUCACUUGAAUGAGGCCAAUGAAUACACAGCAUCCAGUCAGCUGGAUUAUCCUUCACUUGCACUUCUUGGAGAAAAAUUAGCUGAGAACAAUAUCCACCUAAUUUUUGCAGUGACAAAAAAUCACUAUAUUCUUUACAAGAAUCUCACAGCCCUAAUUCCAGGAACAACAGUAGAGAUUUUGUAUCCAGACUCCCGAAAUAUUAUCCAGCUUAUAGUCAAGGCCUACAAUAGUAUUAGAUCAAAAGUAGAGUUAACUGUCUGGGACAGUCCUGAUGACAUUAACUUGGCUUUCACAGCCACAUGUCAAGAUGGUUUAUCAUAUCUUGGAAUCAGGAAGUGUGAAGAUCUUAAGAUAGGAGACACGGUUUCCUUUGAGAUAUCAGUAGAGGCUCGGACUUGCCCAGCUGAGAAUAUCUCACACACCUUCACUAUCAAACCGGAUUGGUUUCGGGACACUGUAGAGGUGACUGUCUCCUACAACUGCACAUGUGGAUGUACCAAAGAGAUAGAGCACAGCAGCAGCAAAUGUAGUAGAAAUGGCACCCACGUGUGUGGAUUAUGUGACUGUAAUCCUGGCCAUGUAGGAGUCAAGUGUGAAUGUGAGGAAGGAGAGAGUGGGACCACGUACCACAACAUGUGCCGAGAAGCUGAAGGAAAACGUAUCUGCAGUGGCCGUGGAGAGUGCUCCUGCCACCACUGUGUGUGCUACAAAAGUGAAUUUGGCAGGAUCUAUGGGCUCUUUUGUGAGUGUGAUGACUUCUCCUGUCCAAGAUACAAGGGCAUUCUCUGCUCAGGUCAUGGAGAAUGCCACUGUGGGGAAUGUAAGUGCCAUCGUGGUUACAUUGGGGAUAACUGCAACUGCUCAACAGACACAGGCCGGUGUCUUUCUAAUGAUGGCCAGAUGUGCAGUGGCCGAGGCAACUGCAUCUGUGGGACAUGCCAGUGCACUGAACCUGGUGCUUUUGGGGAGACUUGUGAGAAGUGUCCCACAUGCCCAGGUGUCUGCAGUACUAAAAGGGACUGCAUUGAUUGUAUCCUGUUCAACUCAGGAAGGUUGGCUGAUAAUCAAACCUGCCAGAAACACUGCCGGGAUGAAAUCAUAACACGAGUAGAAUUUCUAAAAACUGAUGACCCUAAUUCAGUCUUUUGCGCCUAUCCGGUGGAGGAUUGUGUGAUGAAAUUCACGUACUCAGAACUCACCAAUGGAAAGACAAAUAUCACUGUUCUCAAGGAACCAGAGUGUAGUACUGCUCCUGAUGCCAUGAUGAUCCUACUGGCUGUAGUAGGCAGCAUUGUGCUCCUAGGCGUUGUUCUUUUGGCAAUCUGGAAGCUGUUGGUUACUAUUCAUGACAGACGGGAAUUUGCCAAAUUCCAAAGUGAGCGUUCCCGGGCAAGAUACGAAAUGGCCUCAAACCCUCUUUACCGCAAGCCCAUUUCCACACAUAGUUUAGACUUCACAUUCAACAAGCUCAACAGGACCUAUAAUGGUACAAUUGACUGAUGGACUACUCGAGGCUGGGAGAGAAAAUGGAAUGCUUGAUAACUGCUUGGCUUCCUUCUUCAGUACUUGUCAAAUGGAAGAGGGAACCCUUGGUGGCUGCACAAUCCCUAAAAAUGCAACAAACAGCAGGAGAGGGCUUCCAUUUGCAUGCUAAGGACAAUGGCCAGUGGCCAACGUGCUCUUCAGAUUUCUAACUCAAAGCCAUUCUGAUAUACUCUGAACCAGGCCUCACUGAUUGGGAACUCUUCUGAUGGCUUGGAAGUGCCAGCAGAUUGAACAGUGCGCCAUGUAACAGCUUCAUCCAUAUCUCCUUAGGAGAAGGUAUGCAGUCCCAAAUUCAGAGGGAUAUUGUGUUGCUGACAGUUUCUAGGGGGGGAAAAAUCUAGCAAUGGAGACCUUGGUGGUGAAAACUUUUUUUAGAAAGAUCCAGAUGUUAUGCAGUCUUUAGAAUAAUUUUUAUAAAAAAAAUAAAACAAUUGCAUAUACAGA